AUGGACGCAAUGAAGGAGCCCAAACCCGAGUGUGGCGCUAAGAAGGGUGGACAACCAGUCGAGUAUGACGUCGGCCUCCACGUUGCUGGUCUUUUUUUGGUCUUGGCCUUUUCAAUCUUUGGCGCUGGUUUCCCUGUGGUGGCCAAGAAGGUCAAGUGGAUGAAGGUCCCUCCCAAGGUCUUCUUCGCAUGCAAGCAUUUCGGUACGGGCGUACUCAUCGCGACGGCAUUCGUGCAUCUACUCCCCACCGCGUUUGGCAACCUCAUGAACCCCUGCCUCCCAGAUCUCUUCACCGACGACUACCCACCUCUUCCGGGCGCCAUCAUGAUGGGAUCCAUGUUCAUUCUGUUCAGUAUUGAAAUGUGGAUCAACGCCAAGAUUGGCGGCCAUUCCCACGGAGGACCUACCGGUGAUGUGAUGGACGACCACGGUCCCGGUCAUGGUGCCUCCCAGCCUGGCGGGUCAACUCGAUACGGCAGCAAAAGCUUCGACGCCGAAGCGGAUAGCAUUGACUUCGAGAAGCGGGUUGCACAGCACGCAUACGAUGACGAGAAGUCACGCUCUCCCGCGCCUCACUCGGAGAGCACUUAUGACGCCCCACUUCCCGCCAAUACCAACUUGUCCGACUCUAACAUGCCGCCUUGGUUCGUUGUUUUCUACGAGCAGUAUGUGCGCCAGCGCAUGGAGAUGAUGAACAUGAUUCGAACUACCCAAGAGAAGCAGACAUCGUCGCAGGUUGCUGUAGCGGAAGUCAAGCAGGAAGAUCCAUUUUAUGACGCCGAGGGCCAACAGGUUGACCCAGCUGUGUAUCGCAAGAUGUCUCUCAACAUUACCAUGCUCGAAGGUGGUAUUCUGUUCCACUCAGUGUUUGUCGGCAUGACCGUUUCCAUCACUAUUGAUGGCUUCGUCAUUCUCCUUGUCGCCAUUCUGUUCCACCAAAUGUUUGAGGGUCUCGGUCUUGGUUCUCGUAUUGCAGCUGUGCCGUAUCCCAAGGGCAGCAUUCGUCCCUGGGUAUUAGUCGUCGCUUUCGGCACCACCGCCCCCAUCGGACAAGCCAUCGGGCUAUUCACUCGCAGCACCUACAAUCCCGAAAGUGCAUUCGGUCUCAUCAUCGUCGGUGUCUUCAACGCCAUAUCCUCUGGCCUGCUGCUUUAUGCUGCUCUUGUCGACCUGCUGGCUGAGGAUUUCCUUUCCGAGGAGGCCAACCGCCUUCUUUCCAAUAAGCAAAAGAUCACGGCCUUUUGCUACGUCCUCGCUGGAGCUGCGGGCAUGUCAAUUGUCGGUAUCUUUGCCUAA